AUGAAUGAAUCCAAUCGGGUCGUAUCCCCUCAACGAAAUGAAGCUACCGGCGGGAAACGGCAGAAGCGGCGGCGAAAGAAAGGAAAGGGACAACAACAACAACAACAACAAGAACAAUGCCAACAUGAAGAGGAAGUAGAAGAAGAAGAACAACAACAUGAGGAAGAAGAAGAACAACACCAGCAUGAAGAUCAACAGGAACAACAACAGGAAGAAGAACAAAAAGAAGAAGAAGAACAAUACCAACAGGAAGUAGAGGAAGAACAGCAGGAAGAAGAAGAAGAAGAAGAACACUCCGAACGAAGUAUAUCACAGCCGUCAUCCACUGCAAUUAUGAACAGAGGAAGUCAUGUAUCCUCCGGCCGUUUAAGUGUUGAAAGUCCAUCCCCUCGGUCCUCAGCUUCUCUAUCGAUUCUUCAACAAAUGCUUCGAGGCGACAAUUGUGAUAUCUUGGACUUGAAGAAUGUGUUAAUGAAGACAGAGAGUUCACAUCGUCAUAUUAUUGAAAAUAAAUACUUUUUGGGUUUUCGUGCGAUCAUGGAAGAAUUCCUGAAAACUUUCCCUGGUGGAUCUAAAAGAUUAUCGCAGUUGUCUGCUAGAGGAGGAAGUAAAUCCGGCAGUAGUUGGCAACCAUGGAGUCAACCGAACAGUGAACGAACCACGGAAUCCAAUAUCUCUGCAAGACUUGGAAAGAUUGGAUACGAUAGGGAAGAAAACUUUGAAAUGUUGUUUAGUUACAAUCCACAGGAAGAGAAGGAGAAACACAGUGGUUUUGGAAAUGGAGAUGAGAUGGAUGGGAUUUCUGUACUUGUUAGAGAAGAUCAAGGAACAAUGCGGAGUCUCCCAGAAGAUCUGGUUAAUAAAGGAGAUACUUCUUUCAGUCAAAACUAUCCAUCAAGGCAAUCACAACAACAACAACGCCAAUCACGUGAGGUACAACGAGGAUUACCUGGAUCUAUGGAAUCAUACGGAACUAUGGGAGUUUUACCAGAGGAAACAGUGGGUUUAUUAAAUGGUAUAAGUCGAAAUGAAACACUUCAGUGGCCUUCUCUUAUUACGGAUUUAAUAUCCAGUUCAAGGGAAGGGACUGUGAUGCCUUCUCUUUACAAGGAUGAAUUCCCUGUUUUUAAAAGAAAUUCCACUUCAGAUGAUUCUUAUUCACCUUCUGCUCCUGUUGGGAUUGAGAUUGGAGUAGAGGAUGCAAUGAAGACGGGAUCAUUUCUUUUACUUGUAUGGUUUACUUCAGUUAUGCGUCAAUUGAUAUUUGGCAUUUUCGCUGUGUGUAUUAUUGCACUCUUAUCACUUCAAAGUUCUUUCUUUGCUGCUAUGGGUAACGUUUCAAAUAUGAACGUAUUACUUGCAAAGGGAAAUUUUAUUAAACCAUUUCUUUUCCUUGUAAAUGCGGUGAGUUUUCUCAUAUUUUUAAUCCUUAUUUUAGUUCUCUGUCCUUUGUUCAUUAGCGAUAACUCUCGAAAUGGACAUUUCUUUCCACACAUCAUAUUACUUUCUGGUUUAUCCUUAUCAGUUGGCGGUUCACUUUGUGUGAUGUUUGGUCUCUUUCAGGUGAAUAUAUGGAUACUUUUCUUUGCUCAAUUUAUACAUGGUGUAUCUCUCGCCAUUUCAUUUAUGGGACUUUUAUUAUUUGCUGUGGUGGAGCAAGCUCUUAUGGCUGGAACUAUCUUAUUACUUUCUCUUACAUGUGUUACCUGGCUUCUCUCUAAUGCGGUGGGUUUAUUUCUCUUUUCCACAAUUCUACAUUAUAAUAAUAAUAAUACCAAUGACCCAAAAAUAGCGGUGAGUCUUCUCGUUGUGGGUAUGUGUAUGAAUUUAUUAUUGGGAUUCGGUAUGUGUGUGUUGGUGCCUCCAGAGACUUGUCGUAAAGCUAUCCGCAUAUCACGGUACUUUUUUAAUACGGACAACAACAACAACAACAACAACAACAACAGUACAGGGAAUACUCUUCAGCGUAUGCAUAUAUCUUUUAUUUUACGUUGUUUGGGUUGUGGAUGUCUUCUUGCGAUUGGAAUUCUUUUUACAGUUGUGGCUGGUGAAUCAUCAUUGCAGUUGGGUCCAUUACAAGCAUACACUGUGAAUUCUCCUUCUCUUGGGCCGUACAUCACAUCUCUCUUUUUCCUUAGUGGUCUUUUCUUUUUUCCUUUCUCUUUCUUACCACGUGUUGGAUCCCUUGUACACAUCGCCGAGUCUGGUCUUUGUAGUGGAAUGAUGUUUCUAGUAUUGUUGACUACUAUCUUUUAUACACAACUUAUUGGGAAUACUUUUCUUUCUUCUUUUAUUUCACCACUUGUGAUGAUUGGUAUUGUGAUGUUUCUUUCUGGUGCCUCCUUUUCCAUAUCGGUAACAGGAAUCCUGCGUUCUCUUUGUAUACCAACAAUGGUAUUACCAGCGGCUAGAUUGGCAUUCUUAUUUACUGUUCUUCUUACCGUGUGUGUGGCUCUCACACUUGGUGUGUUUACACUUUUACUAUGGAUUGAACAGAGAAGUCAAGGAGGAAAAGAGUUUGGUGGUGUUUCGUAUCUGGUAUUGGGAAUAAGUGCACUGGCGGUGGUGUUGCAAGUGAUAUCUACUCUCUGUAGGCGUUGUGCUUUGUGA